AAACAGAAAAACAAAUAACAAAAAAUCAGAAGAGAAAGUAGUAAGGUCGAAGAGGAAGAAGGGAAGAGAGGGGCGAAGACGGGGAAAAAAAAGGUGUUGGGGAAUGCAGUGAAUGGAGUUGCAGAGGAAGGUAGCUGAAGCAAUCCAUGUCCUGAAUCACGAUCCCGAGUCAUCGAACCGAGUCGCUGCAAAUCAAUGGCUCGUUCAGUUCCAGCAAACUCCGGCGGCUUGGGACGUCGCUACCUCUCUCCUCACUUCUCCCGUCGUCUCUAUCUUCGACCUCCAAUUCUUCGCCGCACAGAUUCUCCGGCGAAAGAUUCAGAACGAAGGGUCGUACUUGCAGCCGGCGGAGAAGGAUGCCCUUCUGAAUGCCCUUCUUAUCGCCGCCAAUAGAUACAGCUCCGGUGUUCCUCAGCUUCUUACGCAGAUAUGUCUUGCUCUCUCGGCUCUUCUUCUCCACGCGGACCCGUAUUCGAAGCCCUUUGAGAAGCUCAUGUUCUCUCUACAGAAUCUUCAGACGCAUGACGAUGGAAAUGUUGCUGUGCUCGAGCUGCUCACUGUGCUUCCUGAAGAACUAUCAGACACCCGCCAUUUUUCCCAACAUUCUGAUCUUCGUCGAGAGCUGCUUUCGCAUACUCCUAUGGUUCUGGACUUCCUUCUCCAGCAGUCUGAGAAGCAGCUUGCUACCGGCACUUUGUAUCCCCAUGACAACAACCGCAAGAUACUUCGUUGCUUAUUGAGUUGGGUCCGUGCUGGGUGUUUCUCAGAGAUUCCACAAGGCGCACUGCCUGCACAUCCCCUUCUCAAUUAUGUAUUCGGUGCUCUGCAGGUUGCUACUUCGUUUGAUCUUGCCAUUGAAGUGCUUGUUGAACUUGUGACUCGGCAUGAGGAUCUACCGCAGGUUUUACUGUACAAAGUACAGUUUCUGAGAGAUACACUUCUGAAACCAGCUCUCAUGAAUGCUGAUCACAAAAUUGUCUCUGGCCUUGCAUGCUUGAUGUCUGAGAUCGGGCAAGCUGCACCUUCCUUGAUCAUAGAAGCAAGUUCUGAAGCGCUUGUUCUUACAGAUUCCCUCUUGAGUUGUGUGAUGUUCCCAAGUGAAGAUUGGGAGAUAGCAGACUCAACUGUACAGUUUUGGUCAACUUUUGCGACAUAUAUACUUAGCAAAGGCGACGACAGACAGAAUGGCAUAUUUCUACCAGUUUUCUCAGCCUUAGUUGAUGCUCUUGUGUUGCGUGCUCAGGUUGACGAGUUUACAUCAAAUGAUGAAAGCCCAGGGCUUGACCUUCCUGAUGGUCUAAUGCAUUUUAGGAAUAAUCUUCUUGAGCUCUUGGUAGAUCUUUGUCAGCUACUACACCCCACCACAUUUGUGCAUAAGUUACUUUUUGGCGGUUCAUCUUCUUCAAAUGUUCCAAUAUCCUUGAGGGAGGUUGAGGCAAAGUUGUUUGCUCUUAACGCGGUUUCUGAAAUAAUCUUGCAAGAAGGGGAUGCUUUUGACUUCUCGCUGAUUAUGCAAUUGGUUUCUAUUCUCUCAGCUAGGCCCUCCACUGAGCUCAAGGGGUUCAUAUGCAUUGUAUUCAGAUCACUUGCAGACGUCAUUGGCUCCUAUUCGAGGUGGAUCACUGCUUUUCCAAGUAACACAAGGCCCUUGCUAUUAUUCCUUGCAGGAGGAAUCUCAGAAUCUCUAUGCUCGCAUGCGUGUGCUUCUGCUCUGCGUAAACUUUGUGAAGAUGCUCCAGCUGUUAUCCAGGAACCAUCGAAUCUAGAUAUUUUAAUGUGGAUAGGGGAGUGUCUGGAACAGAGAACUUUACCCUUGGAAGAUGAGGAAGAAGUCAUAAGUGCGAUCAGUGUGAUCCUUGGUUCUGUUACCAACAAAGAGCUACAAAAUAAAUUAUUAACUCAAUUGCUUUCUUCAAGUUAUGCAGCACUUGCAAAGCUUGUAGAUGAUGACGAUAACUUUUCAGCUAGACAGGAUCCAGCCACUUACACCCGAACUCUGAGCUGUGUUACAAGAGGCCUUUACAGGAUUGGAACUGUAUGCAGUCACCUUGCGACAGCUCUGCCAUCUGGAUCCAUGGCAGAUGGUCCAAUUCUUUCUCUGCUGACCGUUUUUUGGCCCAUUUUGGAGAAACUAUUUAGCUCUGAACACAUGGAGAGUAGUAGUUUAUCUGUAGCAGCAUGCCGUGCUCUUUCAGUUGCAGUUCAGUCAUCAGGUGAGCACUUUAUGGUACUACUACCCAAUGUACUGGAUUGUCUAUCGAGAAACUUCCUUUCCUUUCAAAGCCAAGAAUGUUAUAUAAGAACAGCAUGUGUGAUAGCCGAAGAAUUUUGUCAUAAGGAGGAAUACGGGCCCUUGUUCAUCACUGCUUUUGAGAGAUUUACUCGAGCAUCGUCAGUGAUGGGUAUAAAUUCAUCAUACAUAUGUGACCAAGAGCCUGAUUUGGUCGAAGCCUAUGUGAACUUCGCAGCAGCCUUGACACACAGUUGUCAUAAGGAAUUGUUGGCUACUUCUGGUACGCUUCUUGAAAUUUCCUUCCACAAGGGAGCUAUUUGUUGCACGGCUAUGCACCGAGGUGCUGCGUUAGCCGCAAUGUCAUACUUAUCGUGUUUCUUGGAGGUAGCACUUUCUUCCUUGAUUGAAAACGUGAAUUUCAUAUCCGAAGGAUCGUUCAGCGCUGUGGCCAUCCAGGUUGUUUCUCACUGUGGGGAGGGACUCCUGUCCAAUUUGGUGUAUGCUCUGCUUGGUGUUGCAGCUAUGUCAAGGGUCCAUAAAUGCUCGACAAUCCUGCAACAACUGGCUGCAAUUUGCAGUUUAUGCGAGAGAACAUCUUGCAAAAGCAUGCUGUGUUGGGAAUCCCUCCAAGGAUGGUUAAGCUCAGCGGUGUGGGCAUUGCCGAGCGAGUAUCUAAAACAGGGGGAAGCAGAGAGCAUAGUGAGGGAGUGGUCGGAAGCGCUGGGUGGUGCUGCCAUUGAUUACCUCGAAAGCAAGAGGAACAACAACAACAACCAUAACCAUGGUGGCCAUAUGCAAGGGAAACACGGUAGGACGUUGAAACGAUUAGUUAGAGAAUUUGCCGAUUCUCAUCGGAAUGAUCCAAACCCAAACAUUCUAUGAAUUGAAAAAAAAAACCCUUUUUUUCCAGUGGGGGAGUUUUGCAUGAACUCUCUCCCCUUCCUUAGCUUCUCCAUUGAUGUACAGACCUCACCAUUUCUGUACCAUCCAAAUCUAAAAAGUCAAUUCCUCUUUUUACUCUUGCUUUAUCGAAAUAAGCAUCUGCAGCUACA